AUGGUGGAGACUCGGCGCUACGCCCUCAAUGUACAAUUAGUGACACUUGAAGAUCCAUAUAAUCUUUUUAGAAGUGUUGCUACCAGGAUUUGUAUGAAAUUUGAGCAUUGGAUUAUCACCAAUUAUAGGAAGAGAAGUUUAAAGAUUCAAUUUCAACAAGGAAGGGUUUUCAGAUUUCUUCAUCUGAAUCUUUUGUCAUUACUGAAUCCAUUGAAAAGCAUGGCCACGGUUGAUGUGAUCAAAUGUUGCCUCGAUUCAAUCAGACAAAUAUCAGAUGACAUUAAAGAUGCCAUUAUUUACUUAGAUGCUGGAAGUACAGAGAGUUUUCAGUUUAUUGGGGCGUUCCCUUUGUUUCUUGAGCUCGGUGCUCGUGCUGUUUGCAGCUUGGAGAAUAUGUCCAUUCUUGAUGGGGUUGUUGACUGGAACACAACUUUUGAUCCUGCAAGGAGGAUUGUGGUCAUUACAUCAUGCCUCCUGAGUGAUGCACAUCGAUAUAUUUUACGCUGCCUGAGCAAACUUCAAACUGUUCGCCACUGCGUUAUAUUUACAUCUAUUUCAGAGGUGGCUCACUCAGCAUAUCCUGAUUCUCCUCUAGGCCCUGAUGCAUUUCGUGAAUAUGAAUCUUUGCUCCUUCAAGAUUAUGAAGAGAAUGCUAAGAAAUGCUUGACGAAAUCCAGAGAGCCAUGCAGCAGUGAAUUCACGGAAAGUAUUGUUCCUGAAGAAGAAGGCUGGUCACAACUAUCUUCAAUUGAAGAUGACGUUUCUGCCUUAGAUGACACUUCAAAUGCAAGAGCAUCAUACAAAGAUGAUUCAAUUGGCCACUCAGAAGAUGCAGGACAAAAGUUGAUUGUUUUUGUGCGUCACUUCCCUUUGAUUCUGUGUCCUUUUUCUCCACGAGUAUUUGUCCUACCUUCAGAAGGAUCAGUUGCUGAAGCCUGCUUAUCAACUGAGCAUGAGAAUUCCAUAAGCUUUGGGUUACCUCCGUUAAGUACAGGGACGCCUACCGAUGCUGAUGACAUUUCUCCUGGGGCAACCCUUACUGCUCAAUUUAUUUAUCAUUUGGUCUUGAAGAUGGAUCUGAAACUUGAAAUAUUUUCUCUCGGCGAUUUUUCGAAAACUGUAGGAAAACUUUUGACCGACAUGUCUAGUCUUUAUGAUGUUGGUCGUCGUAAAAGAUCAGCUGGGCUUUUACUAAUUGACCGCACACUUGAUCUUCUUACUCCUUGCUGUCAUGGGGACUCACUGGUGGAUCGCAUCUUCUCAUCUCUGCCCCGUAGACAACGGACAACAUCUAUAAAUCAUGUGAGAGCCUCCAAAAGCCAACUUAAAAAGGGCCCUGUUAAACUAGAGCGUGCUCCUCUUGAUGUUCAGAUUCCAUUAGAAAAUAUUAUAAGGGAAGAAGAGUCGAAAAACAGUAAUUUUCAGCUUUUAGAAAGUAUACAAGCAUUUUUGCGUGGGUGGAAUACUACUGACUUGGAUACUAAUGUUGUUGAGGUGGUGAUUCUCAGUGAUAGACUGAAAGAUGAAAAUUCCUUGCGACAUUCUGAGAGUGAGAUCCUCCAUGGAUCUUUUGUUUCUGCAGAAAAUUUUGACAGAACGCCAUACCUCGAAGCAAUACUUGAGCGGAGGACAAAGGAUGGGGCAAUUUUGAUCAAAAAAUGGCUGCAAGAAAGCUUACGUCGAGAAAAAAUAUCUCCGGAUACAAAAAUUCGUCCUGGUUUUCCAUCAAUUUCAGAAUUGCAAACUCUGGUUAAGCCACUGGCUAAACGGCAGUCAUCUUUAGUGAGAAAUAAAGGAAUCAUUCAGCUAGCUGCAGCCACAAUACAUGCCUUAAAUGAACUACAUUCUGCUAGUUGGGAUGCUUUUAGUAGCGCAGAAAAGAUACUGCACGUAAAUGCUGGAGACACAAGCCAAAGCCUUGCUGCUCAAAUGAGUGACCUCAUUAAUAAGAGUUCUUUUGUGGGUCCGCAAGCACAGAAGCAUAACAAAACGGAGGCCUCACAAGGACUAGUUACUCUUCAAGAUGCACUGCUUCUGACCAUUAUUGGAUACAUAUUGGCUGGGGAAAAUUUCCCAACGUCUGGUUCUGGUGGUCCUUUUUCUUGGCAGGAGGAGCAUUUCAUGAAAGAAGCUAUCGUGGAUGCUGUUCUUGAGAACCCAGCCAUGGCAAAACUAAAGUUCCUCCAAGGUUUGUUGGAAGAGCUUGAAUCCAAUUUAAACAAGAUGAAAUCGGAUGAGAAGAAGGAAGGUCCUUCUAAUCAGUUGGAUGAUGCUGAUUUUGACGAUGAUCAGUGGGACAGUUGGGGUGAUGAAGAUGCCGAUAAAGAUACAAAGAAAGAGCAAGUGUUUAGUGAUGUGCAGCUAAAGCUAGAGCUUCGAGAUAGGGUGGACAAUCUUUUCAAAUUCCUCCACAAGUUAUCCAGCUCAAAGGGAAAUACACCUCUGAGAGAGGGGAUAUCAUUCAACUAUGAUACAUAUUCAAGUAAAACAUUGCUUAGUAAACUUCUAACAAGGGUAUUGGGUAAGCAUGACCUGCCCGGUUUAGAGUACCAUUCCUCAACUGUUGGACGACUUUUUAAAAGUGGGUUUGGCCGGUUUGGCAUUGGACAGGCUAAACCGAGUCUUGCAGACCAGAAUGUUAUUCUGGUCUUUGUUAUAGGAGGCAUCAAUGGUCUUGAGGUAAGGGAAGCUCAGGAGGCAUUGAUUGAGAGUGGCAGGCCCGAUAUUGAAUUAAUUGUUGGUGGAACAACUUUUCUAACCCCAAAUGACAUGCGUGAAUUACUUUUGGGCGACUCGAGUUGUAUUUAA